CUGUGGCGCUUCCAAUGACCCUGUCGGCCGUGCCUCUUUCUCUCCAAAGGGAUCCUCACGCGGAACUGUUUGAUGCCUGGAAGGUCAAGUUCGAGAAAAAGUAUGACUCAGGAGUAGAAGAGGUCACUCGAUUCGGUAUCUGGAAAGAUAACAUGGAAAAGGUGAUGUUACAUAAUCUGAAGUACAACCUCGGACUCACCACUUUUACUCUGGAGAUGAACUUGUUCGCCGAUUUGACCUCCGAGGAGUUUGCAGCCCAGAGACUCGGAAUGCGACAGAUUGUCAAGACCCAGCCGGGGUUCGAUUCCGAGUCCGGAGUGUUGAGCAACCCAACCAGCAAAGACUGGAGGGAUGAUGGUUGGGUGACUGGCGUGAAGGAUCAGGGACAAUGUGGAAGCUGCUGGUCUUUCUCCACCACCGGAAGCAUGGAAGGACAGCACAAGAAUGCCUCAGGAACACUGGUGAGUUUGAGCGAACAACAGUUGGUAGAUUGCGACACUUAUGACUACGGCUGCAAUGGUGGACUCAUGAGCAACGCAGUACUGUGGCUCUCACAGAACCAGGGCUCAAUCAGCGAAGACGACUACCCAUACGUCGGCUACCAGCAGUCCUGCAAAGCCAGCGGAAUGACUCACGUAGCCCAAGUCUCUAGCUACUUUGACAUCACGUCAGGAAGCGAGUCCAGACUUGAAGACUCAAUUGCUAGCGUGGGUCCUUGUUCGAUUGCAAUUGACGCCAGUCAUUUCAGCUUCCAGCUCUACAGCGGCGGAGUGUAUUUUGAACCCAGUUGUAGUUCUUACCGACUGGAUCAUGGUGUGUUGGCUGUUGGUUAUAACAACGAAGAUGCGGACCAGAAAUACUGGAUUGUGAAGAACAGCUGGGGAACUUCUUGGGGAGAGCAGGGCUACAUCAAGAUGGCCAAAGACAAAAGCAACAACUGCGGAGUUGCCACCCAAGCCGGAUACCCCGUUGUCUAAAAACAAAAAAUGAUAGGAAAUAGAAACAAAAAGGGCUGAAACCCGCCGACUGAAAACGAAUAAAUAAAGUAACUGGUUUUUCAAAAAUGUAAUUUGUGUUGCAAUAAUGCUGCAUUCUGUUUCACUAUUUCUGCUUUAAACUCACUGUUAGUAUUAGUUUUGAUAACUGACUUGAAUUGAACUUUAACUUCA